GCUUUCUCAGUAUGUUAACUUAUAAUUUUUAAACUUCAGUACUUACUAUUUAACUUAUGAUUUACUAUUCUUACCAUAAAUUAUAAUUUCUAUUCGGUGUCCAUCGACUAUCAGUGACCACUGACCAGUUAUCUGUUUUCUAUAGUGUUAAAUUAUUCAAUAGCAAUAACCAACACAAUUUUAUAAAGAUGUCCAGUCUAGUUAAACAUUCUAUAAAUAAUUUAAACAAAUGGUAUUCAAUGACUAUGGUUGUACGAGGUUUAAAAUCCUGGACUGGUGGUAAAAAAUACCUUGGAUUCACUUAUUACCCUAGAGAAGGUGAAGUUGACCCUCCAUAUACACCAACAAAAUUAUUCAUGGUUCAAAGAGUUAAACGAUAUUUAUAUAAUCCGUAUUGGCAAAAAAAAAUAUUGACUGAUAUGGGCUUAGAUCAUAAAAUUAGUGAUAUAGCUAUUGUAAAAAAUACACCUGAGAUGAAUGCACGAUUGUGGAAAGUUAAACAUUUAAUAAAAAUAACACCAAUACAAACACCUGAUGGAUUACCAGAAAAAGAAGAUUAUUGGGGUACACAUUUAGAUAGUGAUGGUGUGUUUAGGAUUUCAAAAAAGUUUUUGCCCGAUACUAAGCGAUUAGAAGCUACCAAAGACUUUGAAAAAUUGGCCGAACGAGUAGAUAAAGAUACAGUUGAAAAAAAUUGUCGUAAUAAGUGGUUGAAUCCAUGGUCCACGAUCGUAUAAUUUGACAUUAUUAUUUCUUGUAGUACUAUAAAAUACCUGAAUAUAAUGUGUUUUCAAUUAUUUUUUAUAUUAAUUUAGUUCAAUGUAAAAGCAUAAAAUUAUGUUUAUA